CAUCACACACUCAUCUACAUCAUGACCUUCACCAUCUUCUCCAUCACCUGCCUUGCCCUGGUGGCCUCUGCUCUGGGUUGUGGAGUGCCUGCGAUUAAACCACAGACUAUCGGCAGCAGGAUUGUGAACGGACAGAAUGCUGUCUCUGGUUCUUGGCCCUGGCAGGUCUCUCUUCAGCUCGCCAAUGGUUUUCAUUUCUGCGGAGGAUCCUUGAUCAACCAGAAUUGGGUUCUCACUGCUGCUCACUGCCCUGUUGUGGCUGGCUCUCAUCGCGUCAUUCUCGGAGAACAUAAUCGUGGCUCCAAUGUUGAACACAUCCAAGUCAAACAAGUUUCCAAGGUCAUCACCCAUCAGUUCUACAACAGAGAAAACUAUAACAAUGACAUUGCUCUUCUGAAACUGUCGUCUCCAGUCACAUAUACUCCUCGUAUGUCUCCUGUAUGUCUGGCUCCAUCAACCAUCAACAUCGUGCCUGGAACCCGCUGCUUCACCACUGGCUGGGGCCAGACUGCUACCACAACCAGCCCUCGGAUCCUGCAGCAAACAGGCAUCCCCAUCUUGAGUCCUGCUGUUAAUUCUCAGUAG